AUGGAGUACAACCUCAGGCCUCUACUUUCUAGAUACAUUGAGUACAAAGUGAAGAGUACCCCUCGGAACGCGCGGGCGCUGCUGCGGCUGCUGCGGCUGCUGGCCUGCUACCCGCACACGCAGGACGUCUACCUCGGCAAGCCCAGCCUGGACAGGCCCAUCCAGGCCACGGAGAGGGUCAGCGAGGACCAGGUGCGUCCCGUCCACUUCAGGUUUGCCAUGGGCGGGGCCGGCUUCUGCAUCAGCCGAGGGCUGGCCCUGAAGAUGAGCCCGUGGGCCAGUGGAGGCCACUUCAUGAGCACGGCGGAGCGGAUCCGGCUGUCGGACGACUGCACCAUUGGCUACAUCGUGGAGGCGCUGCUGGGUGUGCCCCUCAUCCGCAGCGGGCUCUUCCACUCCCACCUGGAGAACCUGCAGCAGGUGCCCACCUCCGAGCUCCAUGAGCAGGUGACCUUGAGCUAUGGCAUGUUUGAAAACAAGCGGAAUGCCGUCCACAUUAAGGGGCCUUUCUCAGUGGAGGCUGACCCAUCCAGGUUCCGCUCCAUCCACUGUCACCUGUACCCGGACACACCCUGGUGUCCCCGCACCGCCAUCUUCUAGCAGCUGUGGCUG